AUGAGUGUUUCUCAAAUGCAGCAAGGCUGGCCUUUUGACCAUGGUCUCGCGAACGUGCCUCCGGCUGUCCGAUUCAACCGACCACCUCUUGCAACACGUAUGCCGCCAAGAGGUAUUGAUCGAGCUACUCAGGACAAGAAUGGCAACACCUACGGUGAACAGUCCCGCGAAAGGCCUUCUCACAAGGUCCAGCCGCCUGCUGGUAUCGCAAUCGGCAUGAUUGAGAUCAACACGUUCUUCCCGAACUGGGUCACGCUGCCGCGGGUAGCCAUGCGGGCGGUUCAUGGUGGAUGGGGCUCGCUCGACCUGGCUAGAGCCCAGCUUUGUCCCCAAGGCCUCCUGGACGACAAGGCGAAGUUCGACACCAGUAGGUCGAGGAUCCAGCACCAGCUACGCACGGGUGCGAAGAUGUACCACGGCUGGACGGCUCACUUCAACGGCGAGAAGGUAUUACGGAAGCCUCACGAAGAAGUCUUUGGCCACACUAGCUUGAAGGAGGUAUACGACCAGGUGUCUCGCGCGAACUGGCCGACUGGAGCCGACCGUCUUCUCCUGACCCAGUAUUUCGAGUUUGCGGCUGCCAACGAGGGUCUAGACCUUGACACGAGCCAUAUCAACUGGAUCGUUCAAGUGAAUGGUUGGACUCAUCCGGUCGUCAACCAGCAGACUCAUGACAACGAGGGGCUUGUUCGCUUCAAGACAAGUCUGGCGUGA